UUGUCUAGCGCUCUGUUAAAGAAACAGACGGGGGAAAAGUCUAACGUUAGCAAGAUAAACCUUGCUAUCCUGACCUGGAAUCAUCGUGCCAUUUAAUCGAAUGCGUGUCCGAUUGUACAGUUAAUUUGAUCAAGUUCACAGGUCUGACCAGGAGAAUAAAUAAUCAAAAGACGUUGUGUUUGAUAGAUAGAUACUGUAUCUAGAGGAAAAGGCGGCCGCAUCAUCAUCAUCAGUGGUGAUCCAGUAUGGCAGAAGCUCAUCAGGCCGUGGCCUUUCAGUUUACUGUCGGCCCUGAUGGCAUUGACUUUCAGCUCAGUCAUGAGGCCCUUCGGCAGGUCUACCUCUCCGGACUUCACUCCUGGAAGAAGAAAUUCAUUCGCUUUAAGAAUGGGAUUUUGAAUGGUGUUUACCCAGGGAGUGCACCAGGGUUCAUGCUGGUGUUGGCAGGGUACUUGGGAAGAGCUCAUUAUUUAAAAGUGGACCCUUCUUUAGGCCUGCUCGUCAAACUUGGCAGACAUGUCCCAGUCAGUAGGUACAUGUCUGUACAAAAGCAGAUGUUAGUUGGGGGUGUCAUGGUGGGCACGGGUCUGUGGAUUGCCAUCAUAUUCAGCAUGAGGACUGUCCUGAAGGGUCUGCUGUCUUGGCACGGCUGGAUGUUUGCUCCCCAUGGCAAAAUGACCUGGCAAAUUCGACUAUGGCUGAUUCUAGUGAACAUUUUUUCUGGAAUGCAAACACCAAUGCUAUACAGCUUCCAGAACUCUCUCCCUCAUUUACCUGUGCCAUCUGUGAAGGACACUAUGAGAAGAUAUCUUGAGUCAGUUCAACCACUGCUGAGCGACGAGGAACACCGAAGAAUGCAGAGUCUUGCACUUGAUUUUGAGAAGAACCUUGGACCAAAACUUCAGUGGUACCUCAAGCUGAAGUCUUGGUGGGCCACCAAUUAUGUCAGUGACUGGUGGGAAGAAUAUAUCUACUUGAGAGGUCGUGGGCCAAUCAUGGUUAACAGCAACUAUUACGUAAUGGACUUUCUUUAUGCCUUUCCUACACAUCUGCAAGCAGCAAGAGCCGGCAACGUCAUUCAUGCAAUCAUGCUUUACAGGAGGAAGCUGGACCGGGCUCAAAUCAAGCCGUUUUUUGCACUAAUGAACCGCGUUCCACUCUGUUCUGCCCAGUGGGAGCGGCUAUUUAAUACAUGCCACAUCCCAGGCCAGGAGAUGGACACAGUUCAGCACAUAUCUGACAGCAGGCAUAUUGUGGUGCAUCACAGAGGCCGUUACUUUAAAGUAUGGAUGUUUUAUGAUGGGCGGUUACUGUUGCCACGGGAGAUAGAGCAGCAGAUGGAGAGGAUUCUGGCUGACACCUCAGAGCCGCAGCCUGGAGAGGAAACCCUCGCCGCCCUCACUGCAGGGGACAGAGUGCCUUGGGCGUGUGCCCGUAAUGCCUACCUCAGACACGGCAAGAAUAAGAAGUCUCUGGAUACUGUGGAGAAAGCUGCUUUCUUUGUUACACUGGAUGACACAGAGCAGCGCUAUGAUCCAGCAAAUCCUGUGGAGUCCCUGGACCAUUACGCUAAAUCGCUGCUCCAUGGGAAGUGUUAUGACAGGUGGUUUGAUAAGUCCAUAAACUUAAUUGUCUUCAAGAAUGGAACGAUUGGCCUUAAUGCAGAACAUAGCUGGGCCGAUGCUCCUAUUGUUGGCCACCUCUGGGAGCAAGUGCUCUCGAUGGACCCUGUUAAGCUGGGCUACACAGCAGAUGGCCACUGUAGAGGAGAACCUCACCCUAAUCUUCCUGGACCGCAAAGACUCCAGUGGAAUAUUCCACCUGAGUGCCAGACUAUGAUUGCCAACUCUCUGUCUGUGGCUGUGGCUUUGGCUAAUGAUGUGGACUCUCACAUCAUCCCCUUCAGUGACUUUGGGAAAGGCUUGAUCAAGAAGUGCAAGAUCAGUCCUGAUGCCUUCAUCCAGCUUGCACUGCAGCUGGCUCAUUAUAGGGACAAAGGAAAGUUCUGCUUGACUUAUGAGGCAUCCAUGACCCGUUUAUACAGAGAAGGCCGUACAGAAACUGUGCGCUCCUGCACCAUGGAAUCCUGUGCUUUUGUCCGUGCCAUGAUCAGCAACAAAACGAGAGAAGAGAAACUUUGUUUACUAACCCAGGCCGCUGAGAUACACCAGCAGAUGUAUAGACUGGCAAUGACUGGUCAGGGCACUGACCGCCAUCUAUUUUGCCUCUAUGUAGUGUCUAAGUACCUUGGACAGGACUCCCCAUUCCUCCAGGAGGUGCUGUCAGAGCCUUGGAGACUCUCCACUAGCCAGACUCCUUUGCAGCAGGGGGAGUUGUUUGAUCUGGUGAAUCACCCAGAGUAUGUAACCACUGGAGGAGGUUUUGGACCGGUUGCAGAUGAUGGUUAUGGUGUGGCCUAUGUGAUUGUGAUUCAGCAUUGAAUGGUCACCACGUUUUAAUGUGGGAUGUGUUAACGCUUAUCAGAGGAUUAAUCACAUGAAUUGUACAUUUAUUUUUAUUUGGAUUAUUUUAAUUUCCUUCCAUCAUAUUUUAUGUUCCGUUUUAGUGUUAUAUACUGUAAUAAGUUUGGAAAUCAUUGUAAAAAAAUUAUUCAAGUUCUGGGGAAAAAAAUCUCAUGUAUUUAUUGUGUACUCAUACUAAUGUGUUAUUGAGUAAUUAAUGAGUGUCCUCUCAAAGUACAUGUACUUGUAUUUGGAAAUUCAGAAGAAGCAUUAAACAUACUAUACACAUUAAUAAUGUGAAUAAUGGAAGCUGUUUUUUCCUCAGUUAUUCAUGUCUGGUC